AUGAUCGCGGCACUGCUCUCUCUUCUUCUCGUGGCGGCACCAGCACCAGCGGUCGCGCAUGCAGGAUGCGGUGGACACGAGUUGAUUGUGCCUAGGCAAAUGGCGGCGCCUACGGACGUCGCGAGUCAGAGUCAAAUUAAGGACCCUCAACAACAAUGCACGCCUUAUCAGUACCCGCGGAUAGCCGCUAUCCAGGCAAACUACCCUACCAUCUGGCAAACAGCUACCAUUCCCGCUGCGGACACAGCGGCACGGGAGCUGUUUGCGCGUAUCAACGCGACGGUCAAUGAGAAGCUGCCGAAUGCGGGGUUGAAGCCGGCUGCUGGGCCACCGGGGCUGCCGAACUAUGACCGCUCCGACCCCGACUGCUGGUGGACCUGGCAAGGAUGCUCCACCCCUAACCCCUCACUCGGUAUCCCCGCCGACGUGGUCCGCAUCCCCGAGCCCAACUCGCUCGGUAUGACGGUCGACGACGGACCGAACUGCUCCCAGAACGCAUUCUACGAUUUCUUGAGGGAGCAGAACCAGAAGGUCUCGAUGUACUAUAUCGGCUCGAACGUCAUGAUCUGGCCGUUGCAGGCUAUGCGCGGUCACCAGGACGGCCACGAGAUUUGCGUUCACACUUGGUCUCACCAAGCCAUGACCUCGUUGACCAACGAGCAAGUCUUUGCGGAACUCUACUACACCCGUCAGAUCAUCAAGGACCUCAUGGGCUUCACCUCCCGCUGCUGGCGCCCGCCACAGGGUGAUGUCGAUAACCGGGUCCGGCUUAUCGCUGCCGGUUUGAACUUGACCAACAUUCUCUGGAUUGAAGACUCUAACGACUGGCGUGCCAAUGUCGCCGGAUCAGCCGUUACCCCCGCGGAUGUCGACAGGCGGUACCAGGGCGUCAUUGAUCAGGCCAAGGGCGGGAACUACAGCACCCAGGGCACGAUCUUGCUUUCGCACCAGUCUACCAACUACACUAUGUCGACCCUGAUGAAAUGGCUCCCCCAGCUCAAAGCCGCCUUUGCGCACGUCGUCCCCGUCGCAUCCGGAAUGAACUGGACGACCCCCUACGCCGAAUCCAACUUUACCUACCCCUCUUUCGCCCAGAUCAUCGCCAAUCAAUCGGCCUCUGCCCCUGGAAGCGUCAGCGCCUCGGGACCCUCGGCGUCCGUUUCAAUCGGAGGCAACAAUGCGGCCGCGAGUGGAAGUGUGACAGGUACGGCCAGUCGGAGUGGGGCGCCCAGCGGGAGUGGGGCCGGCUCGGCGGCGAGCAGCUCGAGGGCGGCCGGAUGGAGGAGCAGCGAGGUAGGGACGGGUGGGGUGGUUUUGGCGGCGGUUUUGGCGUGGGCGGCACUUUGA